AUGGCGCUUCUCAGUCUUUUAUAUUCUCCAUAUGUUCUUGUGGCCUUGCCGAUAUGGCUGGUCCUGUACUAUGUACUUCCGUACUUCACGGCAUACCGCUAUCUUGCCCGUGUGCCAGGGCCACUCGUUGCAAAAUUUAGUAAUAUAUGGGUCGGCCUCGGUGCUCGACAAGGCAAGAAGUUUGCUAGAGUCGAUUCGGCGCACCGGAAAUACGGCAAAGUUGUUCGUAUCGGAUUCAACCAUGUGUCCGUCGCCGAUGAGCGAGCCUUGAACGUCGUAUAUGGACACGGCAAUGGCUUCUUGAAAGAUCAUUACUAUGAAGCAUUUGUGGCCAAGACACCGGGCAUGUUCAACGUUCGCGACCGCGCCGAGCACACACGCAAACGUAAGAUUAUUUCGCACGCCUUCUCGCCCAGAUCCGUUGCUGAGUUCGAGUCACACAUGACGGCCAACUUACAGCGCUGGGUGAUACAGUUGGACCGGAUUGCCUCAUCACAAUCGCCAACCAACGAGAAAGGCGAUUUCAGUCGGUUCAACGCGAUGCCCUGGUUUAGUUAUCUCGCUUUUGAUAUCAUCGGUGACCUGGCCUUUGGCUCCCCAUUUGGCAUGGUAAACAAGGGCAAGGAUGAGGCCGAGAGUCAGCUUGUGCCUGGUGGCCCUGUUUCAUAUGCGCCUGCGGUCGAUGUAUUGAACAGACGAGGCGAAAUCUCCUCCACUCUGGGCUUUCUUCCGUCUCUCCGUCCUAUUGCACGCUAUUUGCCUGAUCCGUUCUUUACCAAGGGUGUUGCAGCCGUGGAGAUUCUGACCGGCAUUGCGGUCGCUGCUGUUGCGGCACGAUUAGACGCGGUGGAGAAAGGAAUUGUCGAUGAUCGCAACGAUAUUCUCUCACGCUUGCUGCAGGCCAAGGAUGCCAAUGGACAGCCAAUGGGGCGCACUGAGCUCACAGCGGAGGCGCUGACACAGCUCAUCGCUGGCUCAGAUACAAUCUCCAAUACGGCGUGUGCUGUCUUCUACUGGAUUCUCCAUGGCGAACGCAGCGCCCCUGGAAACAUUAUUUCUCGACUCCAACGCGAACUAGACGGUUCAAUUGGCACUAGCUCUAAAGUAGUCCAUUACUCCCAAGUCAAAGAUCUUCCUUUCCUACGCCGCUGCAUUGACGAAGGAAUGCGUCUACAUUCCACAUCAGCACUUGGUCUCCCACGUCUAGUCGCUGAGGGCCCCGGUGUUGAAUUCGACGAAUACUAUUUCCCGCCUGGGACCGUGCUCUCGGUGCCAUCUUAUACUAUCCACCACAUGGAGGAGAUAUGGGGCCCCGACGUAGAAGAGUUCAACCCUGAUCGCUGGCUGGAUUUGACUACGCGACAGAAAGUCGGAUUCAACCCUUUCUCAUACGGCCCGCGUGCUUGCGUGGGACAAAAUGUGGCUAUCAUGGAGCUGCAGCUGAUUAUUGGGACUUUGUUCUAUCGAUAUGACUUUGCGCUGUAUCAGCAGGUUAUGGAGUCGCAUGAAGGUUUCUCGAAGAAGCCGAAGGAAUGCCUUGCAGGUAUUCGACUGAGAAUAUAG